UUAAGCAUGUUCCGGGUGGUCUCUUAGGCCCGCAUGCGCAGUGGCUGUACACGCUAGUGCAUACCUCGCUGUCUCAUUAGCACCUUAAGUCUCCACGCGGGGGUGUGUUUUCACUAUUAUAACGAGCCUAGGUCAGCCCGAGGACACUAACUCAGCAUGGGUUUCCGCACUUGCACGAAUUUGGGGAAUUUCCCUUCUUCGCUUCUACCUCCUUGCUGCAGGGUGUUUUGACCACGAGCCCAGAAUGCGGUUUGUGCGAUGUCGGGCGGUUUGUUCUCUCCGUCUAUUUAGCAAGUUUGUUUCCCUUUAAGGGAGGCUGUGACCCGCCUGUCUGAUCUACUUCCGCUGCAGCUGCACCAGGGAGCAACACAGGAAUUUAGCAGGAACGCUGGAAGAAACCACAGACCUUUCUAAAGAAGCAGUGGGCAGCAGCCUACCCCAGGAGCCAGGCAGAAAACGGUGACUGCCCGCAGUGUGGGAAGGGGAGAGACUGAAUCAGCGAUGUGUAUUCUUUUGUUGCCUUUCCUUCGGGUUGAAGAGCACUUAGGUUGAUUCUGUAUCUUUCCAAUCAUGAAUUUGCUCAACUUUUUGCUGCUUCUUCUCCCUCAGGAGCACCUAUGAGUCUCAGAUUUUGGGCAAGGCUCCUUUCCCCACUCAAGAUGAUAUUGCAAAUCUCGGUCCGGAGCUUCUCUCAACCCGUGACCGCCUCCUGAGUCAGCUGACUGGCUUCUGCAAGAUCUUCACGAGUGUCCCAUGGCUCGGAUGUCCCCAGAGGUCCUGAUCCAGGCUGUGGGGCCCUGGCUCUGGAGGGCUUAUUCCAUCUGGAGGUGCCGGAGUCGGUGAUGGUGCAGGAGGGUCUGUGCGUCCUCGUGCCCUGCACUUUCUUCAAUCCGAGGUACCCCUUCAGCAGGAAUGACCGUGAUCAUGGCUACUGGUUCCGGGAAGGAGACAAUCCUUUACGGGAUGCUCCAGUGGCCACAAACGAUCCUGCUCGAGAAGUGCGGGAGGAGACCCGGGGUCGAUUCCGCCUCCUGGGUAAUCCCAGGGAGAAAAACUGCUCCCUGAGCAUCACAGACGCCAGGAGGAGGGACAGCGGUUUGUACUUCUUUCGUAUGGAGGAAGGAUGGAUGAAAUAUAAUUACAAAAGUCCCCCGUUGUCUGUGCAUGUGACAGCCCUGACCCACAGGCCGGACAUCCUCAUCCCAGGGACCCUGAAGUCCGGCCGCCCCAGGAACCUGACCUGCUCUGUGCCCUGGGCCUGUGAGCAGGGGACACCCCCCAUCUUCUCCUGGAUUGGGACCUCUGUGUCCCUGUCCCCGCUGAGCCCCACCACAGCCCUCUCCUCGGUGGCCACCCUCAUCCCACAGCCCCAGGACCACGGCAGCAGACUCACCUGUCAGGUGACCUUGCCCGGGGCCGGUGUAACCACGACCAGGACCAUCCGACUUAAUGUAUCCUACCCUCCUCAGAACUUGACCUUGACUGUCUUCCAAGGAGAUGGCACAGCAUCCACAACCCUAAGAAAUGGAUCAUCUCUUCAGGUCCUGGAAGGACAGUCUCUACACCUGCUCUGUGCUGUUGAUAGCAAUCCUCCUGCCGGGCUGAGCUGGGCCCAGGAGAACCUGAUCCUGAGCCCCUCACAGCCCAACUCUGGGAUGCUGGAGCUGCCUCAAAUGCACCUCAGGAAUGAAGGAGAAUUCACCUGCCGAGCUCGGAACCCCCUGGGUUCCCAGCAGGUCUCCCUGAGGCUCUUUGUGCGGAGGAAAUCAGGGCCCAUGGCAGAGGUGGUUCUGGUGGCCAUCGGGGAGGCCGCUGUAAAGAUCCUGCUUCUCUUCCUCUGUCUCAUCGUCCUCAGAGUGAAGUCCCACAGGAGGAAGGCAGCAAAGGCAGCUACAGGUGUGGAGGCUGCAUAGGUUGUCAAAGGUUAGUCUCUCAGGCCUCCAGACUCUGCUUCCAGAUGCCUCCUUGUUCAGUGCCUCUACCGUCUGAAGGGCGGUGCUUCCUCUCCACUGCUGGAGAAUGAGGUAGAAACACCACAGCCUGGACUGAAGGCCUUGCAUGGUCUGUCCCCUGCUGGACUUUGCUCCCAGGUGGUGUACAAAUGGCCAGGCAGCUCAUGAGAAGAUGCUCAGUAUUAUUACUCAUGUCACGAAUGCAAAACCAAACUGUAAAGGAGAUGCUACUUCACACUCAUUAGGAAGAUGUUAAAUAAACAAAUAAAAAUGAACAAACAAAAACAGAAAUAAAUCAAUGUUUGGUAUGAUGAUGU